AUGGUAUUAAUAACAUGUUUCAACGAUCUACCAGAUCUCGUAUUAAUUGAACUCUUCUCGUAUUUAUCAUCUUCUGAUAUCCUUUGGGGAUUUACUCAUCUUAAUCAACGUUUAACUAUGUUAAUUAUUGAACAAGGUUUUUUUUAUCAUAUUAAUUUAUCACUUUCAAAGAAUCAUCAAUUUAAUAAAAUUCUUCAUUUUCUUCCAUUAAAUUUAAUUAAAAUACUUGCUAUUGAUAGUGAUGCAUCUCCACUUCAAUUAACUUGUUGGCCUUAUUUACCUAGUUUAACAACUCUACGUAUCAUUGGCACAUACAAUCAUGAUCAUCUUUUACUAUUUAUUUUGCUUCAUGCAGCUACACUUACACAUCUUAUCAUUAAAUCAAAUGAAAGAAUUGUUCCAGAUGGUUUUUCGAUGAAAUUCGAACAUCCAACAGGUGACAUGACGCCGCUAAUAAAAAAUAUUCUUCUUAUUCAUUUACCUGCACUUCGAUCUCUCGAUUUGGGCAUGGAAUAUUACAAUACACGUUGGCCAAUUACUACUAAAAUUGUUCCUCUAACAUAUAUACGUAUUUGUUUGCCAAGUACAGAUAUUUUAGUUCAUCUUAUGUCUACACCACCACUCUCAAAGACAUUACGUCAAUUACAUGUUAGAUUAAGUUACAAUUGUUGUGAUUCUUUAUCAACGCCUAACCCAUCGAUUCCAAUGGUUAAUUUACGAAUAUUUACUCUUGUUCAAACAUUUUUCUCAGAGUUUACCAUUAAAUGGAGAUUUUUCGAAAUUUUAAUAUCUUCAAAAAUAAUGCCUGUUCUUCAACGUGCUAAUAUAUCUCUUUUUAUCAAUAUUGAUGAUUUACAUCGAAUUAAUUCAUCAUCAAUUUUUACUGAUCGUCAUGUUGAUGUUAAUUUUGCUUUUAAAAUUAUAAAUUGUCCUCAAUAUGUCAAUAUUACACAAUAUAUACCAUGUGGUAAUCAAUAUCAUAGACGAGAAAUUGUUGGUGCAACAUUCGUUGUUAAUCACUGGUGUGAUAGAUCACAAUGGCUCAUUGAUGGUGAUCCUUUUAGUUAUGGACGUAAAGAGUAUCAUCAUAUGUGGUAUACUCUUCCGUGGAUCAAUUUAUUACUGCCUCAACGUUCAUUAACUGAUUUAGCACAAUUGGACAGUAAUGAUCUGUUCGAAAUGAUUAAAAUAAUUGAAGCAAAUAAAGGUAAUGUUUUACAAGAAGUAGGAGAUGCUCAACAAAAAAUGUUAUUUAUUGAGCAAUACGCGACAAAAUAUACAACAAAUCUGAUCAAAUACAAACGUACUGACUUUAUGGCUGAAAAACAGUAUUUAUCGAAAUUUUUUUAUGAUACAGAUGAAUUUAAUAAUAGUCGUGGUAAUAUUCAACAAAAGCAGGAUUUUCAUGGAAAUCAAACUGGUUAUAAAUUUGGCAAUUUUUAUGAUUAUAAAGUUGAACAUCCUACUACACAAUGUACUCAUCCUGAACAUAAUGAAGAUUCUAUUGAAAAGAAUAUUGAUGUUUGUUCUGGAACUGCCAGUGGUAAAAUUGAUUUUCUUACCGAUAUGUUAGUUGUUCAUACAGAUACACAAAUGCAUACUUGUGAAAGAUGUAAAGAAACAGCGUCACUUCUCGAUCGACGAAUGGUUUCUGGAACUCCAUAUGUUAUGUAUGGAAAAAACUACUAUCAUCCUAAAUGCGCAAAACGUGCUAAGAUUUGUGAAAAUUUUGAUUUCACAAAUUUAUCAAAGAUAAAAGCAAGAAAUGCACAAAAAGAACUCGAAAAUGCACAAAAAGAACUUGAAAAUGAACAAAAAGAACUUGAAUAA